AUGGGCUGGAAGAAGCGGUACUUCUACCUCACCAUGUCGCAAUGGAUGUACUACGAUGCCACCGAUGCGUCGUCGCCGAGCUUUGUCACGAACGCGUCCGAGAUCUCGCUCGUCGAGGAGCUCCAUGCGUCGACCGAUCCGGCCAUGAGCCAGAGCACGAGCAGCAGCAGCUCGUCCUCGAAGGGCUACUGCUUCGCCAUCGUCGUCGGGAAGAAGCGUAGCGAGCUGCGCGCCGCGACGGAGGAGGACCGUGACGGCUGGAUCGGCGCGCUUGCUCCGUAUGUGAAAGAGACGGCGCCGCUCUCGAGCCCCCACGCCCACCACCCCAAGUCGCGCUCCAAGGCCGAGCUCACCAAGGUGGCCGAGUACCUCAAGCAGCAAGUGGCGUUCCAGAAGAAGAAGCAGUUUACGACCGACGAAGCAACGACGAUUCUCGCCAAGAAGUUCCCCAACCUCUCGCUCGCCGAGCUCGAAGCGUGGGGCCAAACCCUUCUCGACGCCAAGUUCAUCAUGACAACGGGCCCGACGACCAAGGACUCGAUCUCGUUUGGGCGCCACCCUGGCGUCUUUACGUGCGACGUCAAGAAGAAGACGAAUCGGUUGACGGCCAACGAGCGCUCGCGCAUCAGCGACGUCAUGAGCAGCGCGACCUUUGACGCACGGGCGUACGCCGAGGUCUUUCUGAAGCGGAAUCCGCCCGAGAAGAUCCAGGACCACUGCGAGAUGCUCCUGGACCAAAAGGAAGCCAUCAUUGAAGAGCUCAAGAGCGACAUCUGUGCCAACUACGUCACCUUUCUCUCGGCGGCCGCGGAGAUUCGAAGCAUGGACAGCAGCGUUUCGCUCAUGAAGAGCGUCAUCCACGACUGCAAGCGGUCGCUCUCACUCUUGCAGACCCUCUCGCUCGUCCCCCCCAAGCACGACGCUAAAAAGGCGAUGAGUGCCAGCAGCAACAGCAAGCUGCUCGCUGCGGUACCGACGCCGCAGGAUGACACGCUUCUCGAGCUCGAACAUAGCCUGGAAAUGUACCUCUUUGAGCAAGACUACGACGGCUUUACCUCGCUCGCGAGCGCGCUCGUCGACCGCUACACGGCGCAAUUCGUGCACAAGGUGACGACCGCAACAACAACGGUGCAUCAGACGUUCCGCGACAACCACGUGGCACAUUUACUUCGGCUGCACGAGACCAAGGCGGCGACCGACAUGUGUUUGGACGCGUACUCGGCGCGGCUGCACACGCAACUGCGCACGGUGGUGGCGUCGGGGCAGCCGCAGGCCUACGUCCUCGCGGCGUCGCGAGCUUUUUUCACCACGCUCCUCAUGUGCUACGAAGACUUUGUCGCGAGCUUCGAGGGCCAGCGUAGCUGCUAUUUUGUCGCGCUCACGGGCUGGAUCCACGCCAACGUCGCGCAGUUUGCAUCGGAAAUCGCACUGCACAUCUUUGAAUGCCCCGACCCCGCGAUGGCGUCGGUGGUCCGCGACCCGAGCGAGCUCAAGACGUCGUCCAAGGCCAUUGGCGCGAGCCUCCGGCUGCUCUACUUUGGCGCGCGCCAGCUCGAGCUCGCGGGGCUUCCGAUCGCGACGCAGCUCGCGCAUUGCCUUUCACAACCACUCCAGCAUCACAUUUUGGCCUAUGCCAAGGCCAUCAAGCUCAAGGUCAAGGAUGAAGUCAAGCGCGAGCGAUGGGACCUCCUCUCGAUGAAGAUCCGCGACGAGAAGACCCAGGCCGAGCAAGAGAUUUCGCUCACCAAGAGCGCUCGCUUCUUCUACGGGCACUUACAACAGUACCUGCGCGACCUCCAAAAGCUCCUGCACCCGUCGUACCCGUCGUCCCAGUCCCCCAAGAUCCAAACGACGGUGCUCUACGAGACCGAGCUCGUCCUUCUCCAGUACCUCCAAGACAUCAAAGCCAUGUUCGAGAACCCCAAGACGAUGACGUCGGUCAAGUACGCCCACAUCGUCGCCAUGCUCUCAACGAUGCGCUACAUCGAGAAGGACUGCGUCUCCCGCGUACUCCACACACUCACGGCGUGUCUUCCGGCGGCACAGCUCCAAAAGGCCGCGUUUGGCUCUCAAAUUCGCCAGCUGUGGCUCGAUAUGCUAAACGCAAGUGUGCCGCGCAUGGCCCAAGCCCUCCUACGCAACAGCCUUCGCUGGCACGAGCUCAGUCUCGCAAGCGAUGCGCUGCCGUCGGACAGCGCCGCAUCCGCCCUCUUUCUGCCCAUGCUUCUCCAGGAUUUGAACAGCGUGAGCCCGGACCAGCUCGAUAUCUUUGGUGAUCAAGACGACGUGACGUUGCAGCUGCUCGAGUCGCUCUUGCAGGCCAUGCUCGACGACAGCGCGUGGUGGCAGCAGAUUGAGACCAAGCAAAAGGCUCUUGGGUACGGCGGCGCGAGCCAGUGCAUCGCCGAGCUGCGCGUGCUCACGUCGCGCGUCGCGUCGCCGGGGAUCGCGCAAGCCGGCACGAGCCUCGAGCAAAAGUUCAAGACCAUGUACAGCCGCGUCGGGACGAGGAAGGAGCUAGCACCCGAUGCGUGGUGCACGCAGUACGGCCUCGAGAUCACCAAAGACACCAAGAUGAAAGGGUAAUCAUAUCGACAGUC